UGGUGCUAGCUGUCAAGCAAACAUAGGUUACUCUUGGUGGCAAUAAUUCUUAGUGCCUGUAUCUGCAUAUCGCACAGAUAAAUUGAGACAUAUUAAUUUGUGUGAGACAUCGUUUGUGUUAGGUAUUGCAGUGAUAGCGGAAAUCGUAGCGCCAUAUUUUCGUCAAUGAUGAUAUACCAUUAUAAUAUAAUACGUUGUAUACAGUUAAUAUCUCUGUACUAUGACAACUAAAUGGACUGUAUAGUCGAAUCAAAGAAAUAGAUUUUAAAUAUUGUCAUCCAUAGGUGUGGAUAGGAUAGUGAUAUUGAAUACGGAUUGUUUUCUCCUUGCGCGCGUUGUAACAGUUACCAUUCUAGCAGGGUUUAGCAGUUUGCGUUAUUGCAUUCUGCCUCGACUUUCUGUAGUUGGCUAUGUUCGAAACUGGGUUUGGCUUAGGGCUUAGUUGUUAUAUGAAGUACUGAGGGCAAACGCUAUUGUAAAUGUGGAACUAGCUAUUUUUUUAAGGACGUCUUUCUUUUUUUUCUUUUUUAACAUUUUUGACAAUUUUUAUUAUGUGAAUAAGUUCUCUGGAUAACCCAGUAGGUAUAGCAUUAAGAAAUUGCACCCACAAGAAAGAUUAACUGAAAGACUUAUCUAUAGUUUUCUUCCACGGACCCAUAAAAUGGCAUGGUAGUCAUAUGUCAACAUGACCAGUCAUUGAUAAACGGAUUGUUUAUGGUUAAGGAAUGGGUUAUGUGAUAUCGUUUACUUUUUUCUAUUACAGCUUAUGUGCGCAGUAUAUACACAGUUCAUGAGUGGUCACAUCAAAGAACCCUAAAAAAUUGCUUCUGAGGUGCGAUCAAAUGACAUCGACUGAAGCUCAUUGUUAAUUGGUUUAUUCCACUCGAAGCAAACGUGUGUCCUCGGCAGCAUCCAUACGCGAACAAUCUAAUAUGGGUGAAGUAUGCGUUCGGGAUUAAAAAGGCCAAAAAGCUCAAUCCAGCACUGCGGCUCAGAAUGUUAAAGCGACGUUCUCGCCGCGAAUAUCUGAACAUACAGCGGGCCGCGAGUAUGAGGCUAGUCUGCAACCGCCGGCAAGUAAAGCCUCAUCGGCAGUUCUAUCCGCUCAGUUCAGACUUGGAGGUCAAUAACUGGAUGGUACGGGUAGCCGAAAUCGCUAAAGAUAUCGCGCAUGCACGUAGUAGUUCGCACAUAGCCCAAUCGGAUAUUCAACGGGCUGUGUGGCAAUCGUUUAAAAGGCAGCGGCCGAAUAUACUCGUCUUCCGACGGGUAAUCCAUCAGUAUGUGACGCUCGCUGGGCCUUCAGAUCAUCCAGAUCCUUCCAAUAGUUCGACUGAAACGACUACCACUGUGACUCCUGCCGCAAACACGCCCCUGGAAGAGCCUCGAUAUGACGGAGAUGAGUAUGAUGAUAAUCGUCUUGCUCCUGAGAAUUCUGCUGUUAUUGAGCAGCAGUCUGUACACGCUCAGCGCGCAGAAUCAACAAAGGAACGACCGAAGAAGGUGAAGUCUCGCCGCAUAAUCCCUCAGAGUGCAGGGCUACCAGUUUUUGUCAAUUUGAGCCAACUGAAAAAGAACCUAUUAUAUCGCGGGCGGCCGUAUUAUUAUCUCGGGAAUCCAAAUCGCAGACGACGCAGGCCGCCGCCGCCGCCUAGGAUUGCGCUGUCGCGGCCUAUUCCGCAAGGGUGUGGAUACGACCUAUGUCCAAGAGGUGACAGAGCAGAUGAAAGCCAGGCAGAAUCCAAAAUACGACUGGGCUCCUUAGGCAAAGCGAAACAGAAUGCAGAAGAGGAAUUUGAAGAUGCCUGGCUCACAGAUGACGAGCCUCAUUUAAAUUGUUCAACUAGAGAAGCCUCACGAAGCUUUUCAAAGGAGCUAACGCAUCGUUUAGCGGAAAGACCCGCAAAACGUUCGUUGCGAAGACUCCAAAAAUAUACGCGGAAACAAACUCAAAACACCUUACAACGAAGACUUUAUAAAUUCUCAAGAAACCAGCCUCUAUCUAGUUUAUCAGUUCUGCCUUCUUCGGAGCCAGCUUUGACGAGCUUAUCGUGUCCGUGUGUUAGUCCGACCACAUCGUCUACCCCAUCUAAUUCUUCCGCUGAGCUGCAACAGCAGUCCUUCAUAUCGCAGCCCAGCUUUAGUGAUUUCCAGCCAUGUUCUUCACGAGACGGUUCAAUCGAUUCGAGGGAAAUUAUCGUGAGGCCAAGGGAUACGGGCCAUUCGUCGACAUCGUCAUCCUCGAGCACUUUCGAAAAUAGACGGCACUUCUGCGAAGAACCCUUCGGAAAGGCUGAUUCCUGUAGUCAACAGGUGACGAAAAAGGGGAAUAGUCCAGAGCAGAAAGAGCCUGUUGCCAUCAAAGGUUGCGUGAAGAAAGAGACGGCCAUGGCGACUGAUCAAGAAAAUCUAGUGAGCCCGAAAGUGGAUUUGACUGACGAAGUGAGGAAGGCAAACCAAAUUUCGCUUACUCAAGCAACGCACCCAGCUGAACUUUCCAGCGGUACUCUUGGCCAAAAACGGGAAGGUGAUCAUGUUUUUUCUCAUAGAGAUAUGUUGACGGCCGAACGUCAACAACAGCCUUUGUCAAACGCCGAGCAGUCGGAUGACGACUCGCGGUUAGUGGCAGCCAGACAAUACCAAACGGAGGAGGGAGAUUGUGUCCCCCCUGAGGGGGAAGUGCAGACGGAGCUACGGCCUCAACAGUACAAACAAGAGGAAGGUGCGUCGACCCUUAGUUUUUCCACACACAAGACGUCGCAGACAGACUUGCAAGUUGAAGUUGACCAGAGCCAGGUAGGCGGUCGGGGCUCUCAAGCUGCGGUGCCACAAGUAAAAAAAUGCUGGAACUCGGGAGAUGAAAAAGCUGAAAGAGUUUCCAAGGGGAACUCAAAGAAAUAUUUCAGAGAUUAUCAACGGAUGCUGAAAGAUCGCUCAAAAGGAUCAAACUUAGCGAGGAACUACCCCUUCAUAGCAAUAUUCAACCAACUGCCGGAGUUGAAAGCGGGCCGAAGAACGAGGUGCACCCGACCCUCAAAAACUAGAUUUACACUUUACGUAGGUGAUUUCAGGGAAAUAGUUAUCGUGUACAAUUAAAAUGAUCCUUCUUAAAUUCCGACCUGGAGACAUAACGUGCAUAGCUACGGAAGUUAGUCUAGCCACCACUGUUUUUCUUUGAAGACCUACCACACUUCUAGUGGUAGAGUGUAUAACAAUGCGUCAGUCAAGACAGCUAUCCUAUGAACGACUAAUGAUGUGUGUCCAUCAUAUUGAGAAGUGGCGCCGAAAGAGAACAUUGAA